GGUUUCAACCCCCAUGACAGGUGACUUGAGCUGUGGCUGUCAAUGACCUGAGGGCAGGCUCAGUGCAUCUCCCCACCACCGACUGCUGUCUGGCUCCUAAUGCGGGGGUGUCAGGAUGACUGUGCUCGUAACCAACAAAAGAAAAAGGAAAUAAACCACCAACCCAAACACCUAGCCACCCAAGGGGUGGCCCCCAUACUGGGCUGCUGGGUUGCAUACUUCAAUACAAACAUGGACGAUAAUCCAUGGAUGGUCUGAAGCUGGCUUUGCCUUGUUUCUUCUUGACGGAAAGAUCUUCCGGACAUCGCGCCUGGCAGAGACCCCUGACAAGCACUGAUCGAGUGUGCAUAUUGGAUGACUUCAUUCAGACCCUGUCUUUACGUUUUACAAAGUCGGUCCCGUUGCAUCAACGACGCAAAGCCUUAUCUGCUAGCGAAGGGACAACACUCUGUGACGUACUUGAUGGUGCAUACAUACCUGAGACAUUGUAUAAGGUGUCUUUCUGCAUGUUUCUGUCCUCGAGAUCGGACCAUGAUAACCACGAUGGUGGUGAUGAUGAUGAUGGCUGGGGGUCACAAGCCACCAACAUCAUUACGUCAUGAGAUCAUUAUUGCCAACUUGGCCCUCUU